AUGAAGUUCUCAAUUGAGCCAGAGACAGUUGGUGAGGUCAAGCUUUGCAGCUACUCUGAGCUGCAAAAUAUUACUGAUUUCAAGUCUGCAAGCUUGAUCCAGGAACUCUUUCGGGAAGAUUGUUCCAUGGCACCAUUGGAUGAGAUCGAGUUGUUAACAGAUGAAAAAGCAAAUACGCACCCCAAUUUGGUAAAGUUGUAUACAUUCUGCUGGGGCACGAGGCUUGCAGCUGUCUAUGAUGAAAAAUUCACCAGAGUCUUGUCUGAUGUGCUUUUGGCUGAUCACUUUGGAUGGGAUAAUCGGAUAAAUGUGGCAACUCAACUUGCAGAUCUCUUCGCGUGGUUUCAUGGAAAGAGGAUAGCAAUCGGGAGUGUUACGCCUUCGUGCGUUAUGAUAGAUGAGGAACUGAAUGCCAAAGUAUUUGACUUCGGUUUCGUUUCUAAUAAUGUGAACGAGGAUUGUGAAAUUAAAGUUAAAGCUGAAGUUGGCAGUGAUGCUCCAGAGGUUUCACUAGGUAAGCGGACUAUAAAAUCUGACAUUUAUAUAUUUGGUCUUCUACUGCUGGAGCUAAUAACCAAAGAGAAGUUUAAGUUUCAUGAAGGCCCUUGGUUUUUGCAAAGCUCAAUUCAAGAUGAGGCUAAACGUAGCAAAAAAGGCUUGGUUCAUGAAUGCUUCAAAGAAGUUGAUGAUGGAACUGCGUCUGAGAUCACACGUCUGACAUUACAGUGCAUGGAUUUCGAUCCAGACAAAAGGCCAAAGAUGAAGGAUAUUUUUUAUGCUUUGAGAGCGAUGAGAGUGAGGGGUGAGAAGCGAAAAGAGAUGAAAAUGAGGCAGAACAAAAAAAGCAGCUACCUUGAGGGGUGGGGCUAG